AACAUAACUAUAAAACCCAUUGGUCAAUUGCUUCUAUGUAUGAAAAGGCUAGUGCUCUCGCAGUCUUGUUAUGUCAAAGUACAAAAUGCCUCCAAAAACGGCCAUGUUCUUACUCAUUUUUCAUUUCGUUGGCCUUCCUAUUUUUGCCUCAGACCCCGACCCCGUUCAAGACUACUGCAUACCAAACCCUAAAUUCGGUACUGGCCGGACCGCCAGAUUCUCAGUCCUCCCAUGCAAGAACUCUUCCGAAGUCACCACGGACGACUUCGUCUUCUCGGGCCUGAAAAACUUCACACCCAACUUCUCUGAAACCGGACUUGCCGCCCUUUCCGUGGACCCCACCCUAUUUCCAGGGCUUAACACACUAGGCAUGUCGUUCGCGAAAGCCGAACUAAGAGUUGGCGGCAUCAACCCGCCACAUUUCCACCCUAGGGCCACCGAGAUUGCGUAUUUGGUGCGAGGGAGCAUUUACUCGGGGUUCGUCGACUCAGCGAACCGGGUUUUUGCUAGGGUUAUCGAGGCAGGCGAGGUGAUGGUGUAUCCAAGGGGCCUGGUGCACUUCCAAAUGAAUGUUGGUGACAAGCUGGCGACCAUUUUUGGGAGCUUCAAUAGCCAGAAUGCCGGAAUACAGAAAAUUCCGGCAACCGUCUUUGGAUCCGGCAUAAACAGUGAUCUUCUGGAGAAGGCAUUCGGGUUGAGUCCCAGACAGAUAGGGCAGAUGAGAAGAAAGUUUGACCCCAAAACCACAAGGUAAUUGAUGUUGCCAGUAAUGGACGAUACAGUUGUAUGAUCUGUUUCGGGCUUCUUAUUUACUUCUGAUAUACAUAUGUUAUUGGAUCGUUUACCAUCGGUGUUUAAGACAAAUAUGUUCUCAAGGGAAUUUCAUUACUAUUUAUAGUUGGUUAUGUUAAUAUAUAGACAUUUACAAUA